GGCUAAGUGACUGAGUGAAUGACACCGGAUUCGGGGCUGUAACCCAACUGCAGGAUAUACAUGACCAUUUGAGGAUUUAAUUUGAUAGAAAAGUAUUAUCCUUCAGUAUUCUGCCAUAGUUACUGAAUUUUCAAGGAACAAAUGUUUUUUCUCUUAUUAUCGAAAGUGAGCAAAUCGAAUUUUACAGACACGUCUACUGAAACUUAAAUUUUGCGCCUACACAACUUUUUUCUAGCUGUGGAUAUUGACCACUCUCCUGAGACCCGGAUCUUCCUGAAAUGCACGGUUAAUGGAAUCUUGUUUUACCACGGUUACUGAGCGUUCAAAUAAAUUAAGCGACUUUGAGACAUAAUUCUAUUAAAUCUGUGUAACUCCCACCCGCACACCCCAAAAGGACGCUCUUUUUGGGAUGUUGAGUUCAGUGAAGAUGGAGUCUCAUGAAAUACCAGAUUGGAAUUCCUUCUACAGCGAGGCGAACGAGAUGUACCCUUCACCUAGUACAAUGAAUUCCAGUCUGGGGACUAUGAACGCCAUCAAUAGUUACAUUAAUCUAAAUUCCGCUGGGUCCCCUGCUGCCAUGAAUAUAGGUUAUGCCACAGGUAGCUUCUCCACCAGCCCCCUUGCCCCCAUUGGUGCAGGCAGCAGCCACAUGAACUUGCCCCCAGCCUCCUCUUCCCUCAGCUCUGGCACCCUUACACAGAUGAACUCUCCUGCACCAGCCCUCAGUUCCCUUUCCACUUACCAAAACAUCGGCCAAUCCAUGGGACAGCUGAACUAUACUUCACCAGCUACAUUAAACAGGGCUAAGGAAAUGCCAAAGACUUACCGCCGUUCGCUAACACAUGCCAAACCACCUUAUUCCUACAUCUCACUCAUCACCAUGGCCAUACAGCAGUCCAACAGCAAGAUGCUCACCCUCAAUGAGAUCUAUCAGUGGAUAAUGGAUCUGUUCCCCUAUUACCGAGAGAACCAGCAGAGAUGGCAGAACUCAAUUCGCCACUCGCUGUCCUUCAAUGACUGCUUUGUCAAAGUGGCUCGCUCCCCCGAUAAGCCUGGCAAGGGGUCAUACUGGGCUCUGCACCCGAACUCAGGCAACAUGUUUGAAAACGGAUGUUACCUGCGGCGCCAGAAGCGUUUCAAGAUUGAAGACAAGGCUGGAAAAAAGUGUUCUGGGAAAUCCCAAGAGGGAAGCAAAGCAGGGCAUAAAGAAAACCUCCAGAAUGAAUCUAAUCUUGCCCCAGGCCCAGAAGGGGCAGACUCUGGCCAUUCAAACAGCUCCCAUCCGGGAUCAUCUUCUGAAGAGCAGCAACCUCAAGGAUUAGUGCAGUUGGAGUGUGCCCAGUCUCUCGUUCAGGGAACACCUAAUAUCUCUUCAACCCUGUCCUCGGUGUCCACUACAACCCACCUCCACUCCCAGACUGUAAGUGGUAGCCCCCUCCUCUCAAGUGUCAUGCAACAUAUGGACCCCCAAAAUGACCCCCUAAAGUCCAUGGACCCACACUAUAACUUUAACCACCCUUUUUCAAUCACCAACUUAAUGUCCAAUGAGCAGAAGAUGGACAUGAAGUCCUACCAAGACCAAAUGAUGACUUACAAUGCCUACAGCACAUCCUCACCAGUGGCUGCUAAGCAGAUCUAUGACAGCAAUGGGCCCUCUGCCAUUGACUCAGGAACCUACUAUCAAACUUUGUAUAGCAGGUCAGUUUUAAAUGCUUCAUAGAAUGUCGCCCUUUGAACUCACCCUUCUAAUACUCUAACAGUUACGCUAUUGGGUCACACUAUUCAGCCUAUAUAAAACAUGCAAAGUUGGAGAUACAAACAAGAUUGGUAACCUCCACUGGAUAGUUAAAAGCCAGGUUAAAGAUAAUGGAUAUAAAAUGAGCCCAAGAUGAAUGUUUCCCAAUCCGGUCCUCGGGAACACAGUCAUGUCAGACGGUGCUACGUUUUUGCUCUGGGAAGCUGGGAGGGAGCAAAAAUGCGCACUGCCCGGCAGGUAGCUCGGAGGGAGCAAAAACAUGGAUCACCCUGGACCCCCGAGGACCAGAUUGGGAAACACUGCUCUAGAUUACCAAAGAGGUAGGUUUUUAAAAGUGCGUGCAGGGUUAUCAUAGUAAAUAUGCACCUUUGUUACUUAACUGUUACCUGGGAGUUAUUUUACAGAAUAAAGAACAAAAGAACAUAAAAAGCUCUUCUUAGGCUCAUGCACACAGAACUGUAAAUAUUGUCAGUAGAUUUAAAGAGCUGCAUUUAUUUAAGAAGAAGAAAUUAAUAUAUCUUGUACAGAGCUGCAUUUAAUCAUAAAAAUGGAAUAAAAUAAUUUCUGAGGUUGUGGAAAACUCAUGAGAUUCAUGUUACUGCUUUUUUCAACUGUAGCUGAAUAAGAUCCCUGCAGUGUGUUACAGUGUAAUGCUCCAUUCCAGUUUCAAUAGCAUGUUGUUUUCACUGUGUACUUUUCACUGGCUUUAUGGUAUAAAAUGUUUUUAUUUUUUUAGUGCUGUUUUUACCUUUGCUUCUAGCAAUUGCUGUUUUUCUUUUAUUAUUUUUUUAUAGGGAAUUUUCUCUUUUAUGAUCAAAGACAAAAUCAUGGACUUUUGAGGAAAUGCGUGUAACAAUGAAACAAUUUAUUUAAAAUGUAACGACACUACUGUAGCAAAUCUUGUUUCAGGUUUGUUCCUUUGUUCAUGUUCCGGAUCUUUAUAUAUUAACAAAGACCAUAAGACAAGUUUCUGAGUUUUGAUGGAUAUAAUCAUCAAUUAACAUUCCAAUUACCCCACCAUGAAAAGAAAAACUCAACCGUAACUUGUAUGUCCCUUAUAUGUAUGACUUGAUUUCCAUAGUUGCCAUGAAAACAGACUGAUAGAUGUUAAAUAAUUUAUCAUAAACAUGAACAUAAAAAUAAAUAUAAAUGAAUCAUAUUAGUAAUAAAAACAAUACAAAUUCAGGUCAUUUUUACGGUUGUUAUUAUUUAUCACUAUUAUUAUUCCUAUAUGUUUAUUCAAAUGGAUUAAAAUAAUGUGUAUGUACCAUAUUUUCUGAACUUAGAAGUGUUUUAUUAUCCGUAUUUCCACACUAUUUUUAGUUUGAUCUUAUUCUGCGAAGAAAAUAGAUUUUAAAAAAUUGUUGGAUAUACUGUUGUUUUAGAAUUUUUAAUGGUAUCGGUGAGGCUGGGUUUUGAAUUACUGGCUGAUAAACAGUUUUCUAACAAAAGUCAUCUUGUCUUCCUUUCAUAAACUUGCAAAGGACACCAUAUCCCAUGCUAACUUUGUCUAGCACUGGUGUGAUGUGAGAAUGCUUAAUUAGAUGUGGGAAUGCUUAAUCAGAUAGAAAGUGUAUCUUGACAGCUAAACACUUGGUGUGAAAUCACAUGCUAUUCAUACAUUUGCUAUUGCGCAAUUUCACGGGCUACGUCACGGCGGCUGUGUGAUGUGUGCUUGGUUUAUAUGACCCGUGUCAUAUGAGCUGGGCUCACAGAUACCUAGAAUUCUCUCGAAGGUUUUCUUUUGACUCUUUUACCUUAUGAAGACAAUAAAAAGUAAAGAACCUUAAUUUGAGCAUGUGUGGGGAAAAAAAAAACAUGUUAAAACGCCAAAUGUACACAUUACAUUUUCUGGGACUGAAUUAAAGUAUACUAAGAUUUGAAAAAGCAUUUUCGAUGUACAUAUAUGUUAAAAUGAGGUUUAAUGUUUUAAACAGUUUCUUCUAGACCAUUUCUGUUUUGUGUUUUGUGGUUUUUAAAAUUGUUGCGCUAAAUUCAUUAAAUAAUUUAAAUUGAAAAA